CAUUUCAGGAGGUCUGCACUCCCUCAAACAGACGCAAAUAUGGUAAAUGCAUUCACCACCAUCUACGAGACUACCUACCCGGCACGCGGGCCUGUUCUCAAACUCAGGGGCUCAAGCGAAUCAUUCCAACAUGGCUCGCUUACCGUCACUCCCGUGAUCAUGUCUGACAACUCAUCAUUUGGAGCCGAAAUCUCUGGUAUCGAGUGGAAUAAUGCUAUUGAUCCUGAAGUGGUGAAGCAGCUCAUCGGACUUCAAGACAAGUAUGGAGUUUUGAUUUUCCGGAAGACGGGUCUUGAUAAUGCGAGACACAUCGCGUUCUCCCAACAGUUAGGCGAAAAGCUAGAAGUAAAUCCAUUCUUCUAUGGUAUAGAAAAAGAUCGGGUCAAAGAGCCAUUUUUGUGGGAUGUGGGCAACAUCGAACUAGAUGGAUCACUAGUCAGACCGAAUAGUCGCCGUUGGCAUCACAGUCUUGGUAAUGCAUUGUGGCAUACCGACUCUUCUUAUCACCAACACCGCUCCAAAUACUCUCUUCUACUUGCCCACAAAACGCCCAACUCAGGUGGAUCAUGGACACACUUUGCCGACACCCGACGCGCAUAUGCUGAGCUCCCUCAAGCUAAGAAAAACUUCCUCGAAAACUUGGUCAUCGAGCAUGAUCUAUGGCAUUCUCGCAAGCUUGGGUCCCCAGAAGUGUACGGUAAUCCGCUCCCACACGAGUUAGCAGCCAAGCCACCUGCGUAUCAUCGACUUGUUCAGGUAGCUCCAGAUGGAAGAAAGACAUUGUUCCUUGCGGCGCAUGCAAAGCGAGUUGUGGGGUGGUCUUUGGAAGAGAGUCAGAAGUUGAUUUGGGAGUUGAUAGAUCACUGUACUCAGCUAAAAUACGUGUUUAGCAUGGAAUGGCUCUCCGACGGAGAUAUGGUAUGGUGGGACAAUAGACAAUCGAUGCAUCGUGCAAAUCCGUACACAGAGAGCAUGGGAGCCAGAGAUGUGAGGAGGACGACGAUCAUUGAUGACGGGCCCUUGGCGCUUGGCGUGUCUGCUGAAGAGAUGAUCACGAUGAAAUGCGUUUGACGCAGUCAUGCACUCACCUAUCUCUUAGAAUAUUAUGUUUCUUGAUUGGAACACAUCUAUCCAUUCUGAGUAUUUUCGUGUUGGACCUAACAUUAUACAUAGGACUUGCAAGUCAUAAAGUCUCUGGACGAUUCCAUUAACUCAAAUAGGUGUUCCCAAGAUUUC